GGAUAUAGACCUGACUAGAUCAGAUAUCUACUAUCAAUGCCCUCUUAAGUGCCUGGCUAUCAGGUAGGUGUUGAUCAGAUUUAACGAUACUACGUAUCCCACGCCGGAUUUAAUUUUGAACGAAGUUUCCGGACGCAUACCUAGUGGAUAGAUAGGCAUCUACAACCUUUAUAAGCUUCGAAUUGAUUUGGACGUUCGGAGUUUUUGCUCUUAUUGGCAACCAUUUGGUGUGGUCGCAGUUAACUAGGAUAUCGUCUUGCGAGCUAGACGAAUGUCUUGAUGAAACUGCAUGAAGCAGUCAAGACACCAGAAGAUACGAUGCAUAGUGAACGCCACCACGCAGAGGAGAUUGGCGGGAAUAUACAUUGCGGCCCUUGAGUCUAUGAUAUAUCCCACCUCGGGAUCUGAUCUCUUGAACAAGUCCGGAAAUCGAGAAGGGGAUAACUGCGAACUAUUAUCUCACUAUACUCUGUCUACCACAUCAAGCUGGUAUUAAAAUGCUUUGCACGCCGCUACUGUAAUUAUCGAAAAUAGAUGAGAGGAAAAACAAACUCCUAAUUUAACACUUAUCAUCGACUGUCACUGAAACUUGCUGCUUAUACCUCACUCAUAAUCUUAUUCACCAUGGCAACCCAAGUUCAACGUGCUUCUAACGACCCAAGGCCUAUGGAUGAUCCCCGGAUCAACUUAUCCCAGAAGCUACAAGCCAACCGGUACUAUCUGCCCGAUCUUAGGCUCUCCUACAGAGGUUGGCCGGACGCCGUGAAUCCAAACUAUCCUCGGUUGAAAGUUGUGCUUGAUGCACGAAUCAAGUCUCUUUAUCCCCCAGAAAGAGCCGCGGCCCUGAUCAAGGGGGACUACGGCCUCCUGUCCUCCAUGUGGUGGCCCCGCGCCGACGCCCACCGACUCGAGACCUGCACAUUCUGGUUCCUCUGGCUCUUCACGUGGGACGACGAGAUCGACCAGUCGACGUCAGAGCUCUUCAUCAAUAUCUCCCACGCCAACCAGUUCCGCGCCGAGUCGUAUCAUUACGUUCGGUUUGCGCUUGGUGUGCCUGAUGAAGAGACACAUAAGUGGCAGUUUGAGAAGAAUGCUCCCAAUAGGCCGCUUAUACGUAGUUUGGAUGUUAUUGGGGCGAGUUUGAAAGAGGUGUAUAACCAGAUCAUGGUAUUCGUCGAUGAGAUAGACUAUUACAUGGACUGUCAGCAGCGCGAGCAGGGCCGGAAGCUCAAUGGUGUUAUUCCAACCCCAGAGCAGUACAUCGAGACCAGGCUUGGGACAAGUGCAGUCACUUCCAUGCUGGCACUUAACGAGUACGCCGACAGCCAGAACCUUCCUCGGUGGAUUAUGACUCACGACAAGAUGAUCGAUAUCUGGCAAGAAGUCAACUUGAACAUGUCCCUGUCGAAUGACAUGCUCUCGCUGAAAAAAGAGAUCAAGCACGGCGAUAUCGAUAGCAUGAUCCCGGUCCUCGUGCAUAAUCGUGGAUUCACUAUCCAGGAAGCUAUUGAUGAUACCUGCGAGGUGCUCAGGCAGAAUAUCGAUCGCUUCGAUGCCACGGCCGAAGACCUCUUGAAGAUCGUCAGGGAGAAACAGCCAGAGCUUGUGGAUGACGUGGACUACUAUAUCGUCGGGUGUAGACACAACCAGACUGCUAAUCUACUAUGGAGCCUUGUUACUACGAGGUACGGCCUUGGAGAUACUCCCCGCGAUGCAGACGGCGGCAUGACGAUUUCCUUGGAGUAG